AAUUCACAUAUUCAUUUUUUGGGAUUGCCGCGAUAAGAUUUCAAAACAGUAGUAAAAAACUAACAAAGUUGUUGCUCUGAAUUGUCCUGAUGGAUCCUGAAAAAGAAGAAUAUCAACUGCAACAUUUCACAUUCUGUUCGGAAGAUAUAAUUGCAGAAAAUCGCUUGAUGGUGAAGUCGCUGAUUCAACAGUCACUGGUCGAUUUUACAGACGAGUUCAUAAAGAAGCAUAAAGUACCUGACCAAAUCGCAAUGGAACUGCGGGCCAAGUGUUACGGUACUUCCGGUAAAAUGUUUUCCGAGUGUGAAGGCAAGUUGAAAGAGUUGAGUGAACUUUAUCGAACUACUUUCACUAUACCGGAUAAUGUAUUACUUCCAUCGGAUCUAAUGCAGAAAAAAAACUACACGGCCGAACAGGUACAAGAAUUGCAGGUGAAGGUUGACGAGUUAGAUGAACAGUUUCGACGAGACGGUGUUUUUCUUGCGCUGCUGGAGGAAGAAAUCAAGGUUCACGAAAGGCUAACUCCUUGCUUGGAGAGUGAAGCUGUUUUGAUGGAUUUAGUUGAUCAGUACAGACGAGAAGAAAUUGUUCCGGCUGAAGAUGUCGAUCUAGUACAAGACCUAGCCGAAGUGAUGCAAAAUGUUCUCGAGUUAUAAAGGUAUUAGUCUUAGAUUUCAUAGUAGUUGGAUUGCGAACAGUUUUUCUUGUGAUCUGUGAAACUUGUUACAUUCAAAUUUGUUGCAUGUUUUAUGUGUACUACACAAAAAGAAUAUACUCAUUUUAU